AUUAUAAAGAAGAACAAGAACAAGAACUAGAGGUGUUGAAAUCGAUUUAUCCAGAUGAAUUCGAGGAAAUUGCCGAAGGGGAAUUUCGUAUUCGACUUGAACCCGAAGAACCAGAUAGUACAGCACCGCUGACCUUAGCUUUACAUAUAAAAUUUACACCAACUUAUCCGGAAGAAGUUCCGGAAAUAUCAAUCGAUACAUUAGAUGGAUCUAUUGAUACUGAUGAACAUGAGAAAUUAUAUUCCGAACUGAUGAUAUAUGCAUACAGUUCAUUAGGAAUGGCGAUGGUGUUCACAUUAUCAUCACUGCUUAAAGAUUUGCUAACAACAUUUGUGAUGGAAAGAAAAAAUCGGAAAAAGAAAGACGAGGAAGAUCGAGUUAGAAGAGAAAUUGAGAUAGAACAAGCAAAAUUUCAGGGAACAAAGGUCACAGUUGCAUCAUUUUUGGAAUGGAAGGAAAUGUUUGAUAAAAAAAUAGAGGAAAAGGAGAAGGCAUCUAAAAAUCUAAUAGCUAUAAAAAAAGAAGAAGCCAAAAAAUUAAAACUUACAGGACGGCAAUUAUUUGAACAAGAUGAAUCUCUUGCUAGUUCAGAUAUGAAGUAUAUCGAAGAGGGAGAUGUUACGGUGGAUGUUUCAUUAUUUGAAAGGGAGGUUGAUAUGAGUGAUGAAGAUGAGGAAGACACAAGUGUACUUGAUCUGAUUAAUUAUUUUCAAAGAUAA